ACACACAUAACAAUCACACCCGCACAUAACAAGCACACCCGCACACACCAAGCACACACGCACUGGCAGCCCGCACCCUGGCUCCCGCUCCGCCGCUCCGCGCCCGGGGGGAAGAUGAGCUCGGGGGACGUGGUUUGCACUGGAUGGCUCAUCAAAUCACCCCCCGAGAAGAAACUCAAGAGAUACGCCUGGCGGAAGCGCUGGUUCGUGCUGCGCAGGGGCCGCAUGAGCGGCAACCCCGACGUGCUGGAGUACUACAGGAACAGCCACUCCAAAAAGCCCAUCCGCAUCAUCGACCUCAACGAAUGUGAAGUGCUGAAGCACUCGGGGCCCAACUUCAUCAAGAAGGAAUUUCAGAACAACUUUGUGUUCAUCGUGAGAACCACCUACCGCACGUUCUACCUGGUAGCCAAGACUGAGGAGGAGAUGCAGAUCUGGGUGCACAAUAUCAGCCAGAUCUGUAACUUUGGACAUCUAGAAGAUGGCACAGGUUCUGUGGAGAGCCUGUCUCACACCACCUCGUCCCCACAGCCCUCCCCGGCCGCCUCCACGCACGCCUCCCGCAUCGCCGACCCCUCCUUCUCAGUGGACCAGGCGGCUGCUGAUGCUGCUGCCGAGGAGACCCCCAGCGAGUCUGAGUCUGUCUUCCUCCCUGACUACCUCUUCCUGUCCAACUGCGAGUCGGGCAAGCUCAGCCACAACAGGUGUGACAGCUGGUCAAAUUCAGACAGAUCUCUGGAGCAAACAUCAUCAGACGAGGUUUUUGUUGACUCCUUGCAAUCCCAGCCCUCUUUGUACCUUGUACAGCCAACCACUGCUGGCACUGUGCACCAGGUUGGAGCCCCAGUGGCAAAUCCCAACAUUGGUAGGCCAUCCAGUGACUUUUCAUCCUCUUCUCCACUGCUGGGGACGCCGCUAACACCAACGUUUCAGAUGGACAAGAGCCAAAACGCGCUGCCCUACGGUGUAACGCAGCUGGAUGUGCUGUCCAACACACCCCCACCACGGCCACCCAAGCCAACCCACUUCUCGGACAAGAGAGGAGACAAGGUGGCCCUCCAGAAUGGGCAUGCAGGGAUCUGCCAGGCUCAGGUUGCUCUGGUGCCCAGAAGGAUCUCCUUGUCCAGCUUGGACAACAUGAGGAACUGGAAAGCAGACAUGGAAGGCAGUUCCCUAAGAAGUCGAGAUAAGAGGCUUAGCUUGAAUUUGCCGUGCCAGUUCUCGCCGCUGUACUCGCCGGCUGCGGACAGCCCGGAGGACAGCUACGUGCCCAUGCGCCCCAGCAGCUCUCCCUCCGCGCCCGGCUCUGACUGUUCCCCCGACGGUUACAUCCCCAUGAGCCCUGGCUCGGCCACCUUCACCUUCCCCGUCGUCAGCACUGAAAAACUCACCAGCCCGUUGCCUGAGCUUCCCUCUGACGUGGAGCCCCCCCCAGUGAACCGAGACCUCAAGCCUCGUAGGAAGUCACGACCACCUCCUCUGGACUUGAGGAAUCUCUCCACAAUCCGGGAGCAUGCUGCCGUGACCAGGAUGUGGACUGUGCCUUACAAUCGAAUGAGCUUUAUCUCACCAGAAAGAGACGGUAUUAAUUCAGCAAGAAUAUUUGCCAAUUCAGUUUCCGGAGAAGAGGAAGAAAGUUACAUUCAUAUGGAACACAGACAGGCCACCUCUCCAUACAGUGGUGUUUUUCCAUGGACAAGGAAAUCUAACCUUGAUUACUUAGCACUGGAUUUUAACUCUGCUUCCCCGUCCCCUGUUCAAAAGAAACCUUUUCUGUCUGAGGAACAGAGAGUGGACUAUGUCCAGGUAGAUGAACAGAAGACUCAAGCUUUACAGAACACUAAGCAGGAAUGGACAGAUGAAAGACAAUCAAAAGUAUAAAGGAAGAAGACUUGGGAUCCUGAAGGGAUUUUUUUGCACUGGAACCACAAUGUUUAUGAAGCAGCUAUCACAGUAGAGCUCAAAGGCAGAGAGAGUUGUAAGAUGCUUCCAGUCUGUAGAGGCAUUUUACUGGAAACCUUUGAUUUCAGCUGGAAAAAGUAUGUUGAGUGAGUGAGUGGUUCACUGAUGACUAAAGUAAUGCAUUAGACUUUUUUCCUGCCCUUACCAGUAUGCUACAUGGUACCAUUUUCUGGCAUGAUUCUGCAACGAGUCAUACACUUAACGUUAACAAAUCCACUACAAGUCGUAUUAAUCUAGUUCAUCCUGCCUUCUCCUUCUGUUGCAUAAUUCCUAGUUGCUAAAGCUAUUUUUUGACAUUCCUACAAAUGCUGCAGGUGCUCGGAGUGCUUUUACGGCAGCAGGCAUCUGACAGGUUUUGGUGACUAAUCAACUAAGGGCUAAAAUACCGAAACAAUAAAAAGAACUUUCUGAAUAUAUAGUGCUUAAGCAAAGAGAAUUUUGGGAAGUGUUUUUCCCCUGGGUUUAAAAGGUCUGGCUGUGAGCUGAUGCUGUCAGAACUCAAAACAGGACUAUGUACCCAUGCGACUGGAAUGCAUGGUCUUUGACCCUCUGGAUGAUGGUCAUUGCAUUAAGCUUCUUCCCUCCAUUGUGGCUCAUACUUGUCACUUUUCUGUCUGAUUCCUACUGAUGUUUUCUCCCCUGUCUUGGGAAGUGUCUUUGGCACAGCACUGCUGCUCUUCUAGUACGAGGCUGCAGCCACUCAGUUCUUGGCUGGCUGAAAAAUAGAAAGGGAAGCUGUGAGCCUGUUCCUGCAAGCCUUGAGAGAACUGGCAAAGGAUCAAGACUGCUUUCAUCUGAACAGCAGAAGAAAUGCCAUUGGAAUUGCUGGUAGCAGUCAUCAAUCUGAUUGUUUCACUAGACCCACCCCAAAAUAUAAAAGAGCAUUAGGAAAUGCAGUGUGCUCUGAGAGAGGCCAGGACCCUGUCAGAGCAGCACAGCACUGUGCUCAUGCAGCAUGAGGAUCUCUGGGCUCAGGAAGUUCUUCUACCUUGGGAGUUGUUACAGGCACUCUCAGAUUGACAUAUGUGUAUAGUUUAUAAGAUAUUUAAACACUUGGCUGCAGACUUUAUUUUACAGUGGCACACAGCCACUUGACUCCUGGAAGUAGGCAGUGAUGCUGAGUGACCCACACUAGAUUUGGUCUCACAGGCUUUGCUCCUGUAGGUGAGUCCCAAUAGCCAUAAGAGGUCUGAUCCUGUCAACAUGGACAGACAGACAGUACCCUUAAAAAAUAUUUCUUCUGAUAGUGCCAGUUUACUGGCCUCCUUUCUUGUGCCUGUGGUUACCACGUUGCAUUGCUGUAACCUGACAUCCUAAAAAAUCUGAUCUAUGAAACAGAGGUCAAAGAGAUGUCAUUGCAAAAACCACUGGUAUUUCAAGGCUCCUACUCAACUUCCUGCCUACACCCUGUCUGCUCCGAUCAUUCAGGCACUCUGGGAGGCCGAAUCUCACGUCCUGUGGGAGAGGCAGCAUAGCUAACAGAAAGAGUUUUCCUCCUACCUCAAGAGUGCUGAAGGGCUUGCAAGUCUCACUGCUGCUUUUGCCUGGCCCCUGGGGAUCUGUGGUGACCAGGAUCUCACUAGGUUACACUGCAAGAACAAGGUUCACCAGCACCUUCACUGACUGGGGCACACUGGGUGCCCAGGCUGGUGGGCAUGAAGUGUCCUGGAGUAGAGGCACUUGGAGAACCAGGGUUAGUCCUACAGAUAGCUGAACUGCUGUUCCCUCCUACUCUGCUCCUCCCCACUCCUCACCAAAGCUCUCAAAUGAAAAUUGAUGUUGAUAAAAUUUUGAAAAUAAUUCCAAGUUUUCCAUAUAUAUCUUGUCUGUCUGGUGUGAAAUUUGCCUUGUUAAAACGCAGCUGUUUUGUCCUCUACCUGAUUUAGCAGAGCUGUGAGUACCCAUGCCGUGGGAGUGUAUUGUGACAGGGACAGGGCAUCUGGGGAGAGGCAGUGGAGAUCUGCACCUGCACAGAGGCUGCAGAGAGAGGGAAGCAUGGAAGGGCCGUGGAUGCUGAGACCUUUGUCUUUCUGCUCUAAAGAAUUGCCUUUCUUACAAAGUGUGCAAAUAACACACGUCACUCAAAGCUCUUGGUAUGCACUGAUGGGUUAGAAGACCAGCUAAAAGCUGUUUUAAAUUACAGAGGGACAACCUCCACAAAGGGUGAGUGAAGUUGUGUUCUGCUACUGCUGGUCCCGGGCUGUGGAGUGAUGGCAGGGCAGCCUCUGAUGCGGCUCACAAUCACAUACAGAUCAGCUCCUGUUUGACUGCAGUGCUUCAUUUCACGCUGUCAGAAACCUUCUGAAGUGGAAAACCACCAAGUUAUUGAAGACUACUGACUCACUUGGUAUUCUAAUUUAUUGUAAAAUUAUUUAAACUUCAACAAAACGGGUAAACAGAUCAUUCAGAAGUUUGGAGAAGAAAGAGCUGUAUUUUUACUCCCUUAAAAGGACAUAAGCUUAUAUAGAUUGGCAAGGAUUGUCCUUAGAUCAGAAUGCCCCCUGUCAACUUCCUGUGUCUCCUGCUUGCCCUCACAACACUCUUAUCUUGAUCAAAUGCUGCUCACUGGUUUCUAACUUUCAUUUUUAACUAAGAGCUAAGUUUGAGGGUUUAUUCCGAUUUUUCAUGCAACGUCUGUUUUUACCGACUGCUCCAGGGCCCAUGACAUACAUUCUUGUGCAAGUAUAAUACAUGAAGCAGGAGCAAUUUAAAAAUACUGGGGAAAGUCCUUCUCAAAGGGUUUUUUUUUUUUUUUUCUUUUGUUUUGGUCAAAUUUCACAAUACUUGAAAGAGGGUAAAGAGGAGCAGGAUGGUGGGAGGAUGACAAAGGCUAAAUCAUCAUAAAGGAUUUGGGUGUGAAGGGAGCUGCAGCAGCCACAUCUGACAAGCCUGUGGGCCAGUAUCCAUAGAGCCAGCUGGUGGGAGUGCAGGACUGUUACAGAGCAAAAAGGAGCUACUGUUUAGUUAAGUCUGUUCUUAAAUCCUAAUCCUCUGGUCGAGGAGGAAAGAAAACCUGAAAACAGAGUCAGCUUUUGACAGUGUAAUGUCUGAAAAUAUAGCCCAGGCCAGAGUCCUUGUUAGUAUUGGUUCUGGGGCCAGCCAGGCACACUCCUGUUGGUGUCCUCUUUUUGCCAUGAGUCUGUCAUUUGCAUGUAUUUUUUUUCAAAAGUGUGGUGAGAGCUGAUGCAGAGAGAUGCCCUGCAGCUAAAUGAGCAUAGGGUGGCCAGUGGUCCCUUAGCAAACUCUGCUGAGGGAAUUGGCAUUGCCCAGCCCAGGUAUUGUAGUGCCUUCUCCAGCACUGCUCCCUGUUAUUACAUGGGGAGAGUGCUAAAUGAGCAGAACAGUUUUAGUUCAGUUGGAAAUGCCACCUCGUGUAGUUGCUGGAUGAAGCUUGGUUGCAGGAUGACGUGGAAACCAACCAGGCUCAGUGGUUUGGGUUGUGUGGUUAUUGCUGGGGCCAUCAGCUGGUUCCACCACUGAUGUGUUCAACAUGGCCUUACUCUCUCCUUCAAUAACCACACAUUUGACCAAGGCAUAGCAGGUCCACAACUCAUUUGCUUUUUGGGCUAAACUACAUUUUACAUUUACAACUCCUCUAUGUCAGGAGGCAGCAUUAAUUUCCUUACUGGCAGAAAUGAGCACUUAACCUGAGAAAUGCCAGCAGCCAUGUAACUGGAAUAAGGUCUUUUCAGCCAGCUCACUUUGCCAGUGGUAGCACCUGCUUUCUUCAUUGUCACUAACUACAUCCUAGAUGUAGAUUUUGGAGUUAUAUUCACUUGCAGUGAUUCAGAAGUUUAGUAAUUCAAAGACCAUCAGAUGCUGUGAUGAGAACAAAGUAUAGGGCAAUGCCUUCCCUUUGUCCCCCUGUUCCGCAAAACUUGCUCAGGUUUAAAAAAAUAAAAGCCACCAAAAUAGCAGACAUUUGCCAUGUCAAAGCCAGGAUAUUUUUUUGUUUUGAAAUAAAAAUAAAUUUUUUCUUGUGCAAAUGAAGCAUUAUACAUUUUUUUGUAUCUGUAAAUCUGUAGGGAGGCAUUAAACAGUCAUCUCUGUUACGAAGGGACAAGUCGUUGCUAGAGGGAAGGGGCACACCUUCCUCAUGUUUCCUUGUAAUGUUUGGUGUAUAUAUUUGCACAUUAAACUGUAUCUUUUUUCUAAUAAAUUAAUAUAAAAUGUA